CAUGGGGUUGUGGUUGAUCGUCUUUGUCACAAUCUGUCUCUGUUUUUCCAUCAGAGCUCUCAUCAAUCUUCUCUCUCCCUCUUCUUCUUCUUCUUCUUCCUCUCCUCUCCCUCCUGGUCCUCUCCGGGUUCCCAUCAUCGGCAGUCUCAUAUGGCUGAGCAGAUCACUCAGCGAACUCGAACCCAUUCUUCGAAAGCUUCAUGCCAAAUAUGGACCCAUCGUCACUCUCCCAAUCGGUUCUCGUCCUGCCAUAUUCAUCGCCGAUCGAUCUAUGGCCCACCAGGCACUUAUCCAAAACGGCCUCGUCUUCUCCGAUCGUCCCAAGGCCCUCGCCACCGAGAAGAUCCUCAACAGCGACCAACACAACAUUAUCUCCGCCUCCUACGGCCCCAAAUGGCGUCUCCUCCGUCGCAACCUCGCCUCCGAGAUGCUUCACCCGGCGAGAAUCAGAUCGUUCUCGAGCAUACGUAAAUGGGUUUUAGAUUUGCUAGUGACUCGACUUAUAGUUGAUUCAAAAUCCAGCAAUCCCAUUGGAGUGCAAGACCAUAUCCAAUAUGCUAUGUUCUGCUUGCUGGUGUUCUUAUGCUUUGGUGACAAGUUAGACGACAAGCGAAUCAAAGAUAUUGAAUGCGUUCAGAGGAAUAUACUUUUGAGUCUAAGAAGAUUCAGAACACUAAAUUUCUGGCCAGCAAUUACUCGAGUACUGCUCCGCAAGAAGUGGGAGAAGUUCUUGCAGAUUAAGCAGGAACAGAAAGACGUGUUGAUUCCAUUGAUAAGAGCAAGAAAGAAACUAAAGGAAGAGAGAUCAAACCAAGAACAAGAUGACAAUAAUGAUAAUGACGAUGAUAAUAAUGCGACAGAAGAACACAUAGUGUCAUAUGUGGAUACUCUGUUGGAUUUGGAAUGGCCUGGGGAGAAACGAAAACUCAAUGAAGGUGAAAUGGUUUCAAUAUGUUCGGAGUUUCUAAACGCAGGAACAGAUACUACUGCUACUGCAUUACAAUGGACUCUGGCAUGUUUGGUGAAGUACCCACAAAUUCAACAGAGGCUUGUGGAUGAAAUAAGAGAUGUAAUGGGUGAGAGAGAGGACAAGGAAGCGAGAGAAGAAGAUCUGAGCAAAAUGCCAUAUCUCAAAGCUGUGAUCUUGGAGGGACUCAGACGUCACCCACCUGCACAUUUUGUGUUGCCACAUGCUGUGUCAAAGGACAUGGUGUUCAACAGUUACUUGGUACCCAAGAAUGGGUCUUUGAAUUUUAUGGUGGCAGAGAUGGGGUGGGACCCAAAGGUGUGGGAGAAUCCAAUGGAGUUCAGGCCUGAGAGAUUCUUGAGCACUGAGAAAAAUAAUGAUAAUAAUGGUGAAACAUUUGAUAUUACAGGAAGCAGAGAGAUAAAAAUGAUGCCUUUUGGCGCAGGGAGAAGAAUGUGUCCAGGUUAUGCAUUGGCACUGCUUCAUUUGGAAUACUAUGUGGCCAAUCUUGUAUGGAAAUUUGAAUGGAAAGCUUGUGACGAUGUUGAUUUGUCAGAGAAAGUAGAAUUUACAACAGUAAUGAAACAUCCAUUGCAAGUUCGUUUGUGUCCUAGGUUUUAG